UGGUGGGGGCGCUGGGCCGGAUCCCCGGAAGCGAAGGGGGGGAAGGAGACCCCCGCCCAUUUCCUGUACCAGGGGAAGGCCGAGUGCCUCUUCCUCAACGGGACGCAGCGGGUGCGGUUCCUGAAUCGGUACUUCUACGACCGGCAGGAAUAUGUCCGCUACGACAGCGACCUCGGGAAACACGUGGCCGUCACCGCGUUGGGGGAGGCGAUUGCGGACUAUUGGAACGGAGACAAGCAGUGGAUGCAGUACGAGAAGGCCGAAGUGGAUCGUUUCUGCCGACACAACUACAAGGUGUACAACUACGAGGCAGUCAAGAGGGAGGAGCGCCUGAUCCGCCGGAGAG